AUUAUUUUGCGUUCAUGGUAGCGACCACUCUCAUGUACUCCAUGAUCAGCUCCAUCGUUAAAUGCUUUGUUGCUGUUAUCGGUAAGAAUGCUACUUCGAGUUACUACGUCGCCACCAUCGGCAACUUAAUCAUGACGCUUUUUCCUGUGUUCUUCAUCACCAACUCUCCGCGAGUGCUCAACCUGUCGAAAGAGGAACUCCGCAUCACCAUGUUGAAGUAUCGUCACCAACGGAAAUACAGACACUUAAAGGAAAAGCUGGGAGACAUCAUCGAGCUGCUCCAAGAGUCGCCCGAGUUCGACGUCAUGGGGUACUUCACGCUGGGUCGAGCGAGGAUUGUUGACAUCCUCGGCUUCAUCACCACCUACAUGGUCAUCUUGCUGCAGUUCCAAGUCACCGAAACUUCGAAUGAAGCCUGUCUCGCCGGGAACUCCUCUGCUUUCAGUCACUGAGGCGAGUCCUGCCUUUGAAGCGUGUACGUUUACCUGUGCUUGUUGUGAGGAAAGGAAAUUAUGAUAUAAACAACGUUGUGAAACUUGGUAAAAUGUAAAUGCGUGUUGUAAUGUUGAGAAUAAAUGUGUGGCUGUUGCGUGCACUGGAGAGUCAAUGAGGUUAUUUCCUUUUGUUUUGUCGUUUUAGAUAAGGUGU